UUUAGCCUUUUUCGCUUCCCGACCCACACCCACCCACCCAACCCCAACCCCUUGGCAUCACUUCUCUCCACCACACACGCCCAUAACCAUCGGAAUACAAUACCUAACGCCACCUUCACUCUCACCGUCACCCUAACCGUCUCCGUUAUCUUCUUUUCAUCAUCCUCUUGCUUUUGAAGAUCGCAGAUCAGACUCAUACUCGUAGAUCCGAAUUAUCUAUCUCAACUUACCACUUUCUAUCCCUACGUUUUGUAUAUAGUUCUUGGAUGACCUUGGGACUACAUUUGAACAAUGACAUCGAGUAUGUUGGCUGGAGAAAGAAAGUGGGCCUCUUCAAGAAGAGGUGGCAUGACUGUUUUGGGCAAAGUUGCUGUUCCUAAACCUAUUAAUUUACCUAGCCAAAAGUUAGAAAAUCAUGGUUUGGAUCCAAAUGUGGAAAUUGUUCCCAAGGGUAGCCUUAGCUGGGGAAGCCGGCCAUCUUCAUCAACAUCAAAUCCUUGGGGUUCGUCAGCAGUAUCUCCAAAGGCUGAUGGCACUGCUGUUUCACCACAUCAUUCUAGUGGCCGUCCUACAUCAGGAGGUGGUCUUAGUCGGCCAUCAACAGCUGGCAGUGAUAGACAUGAUCCUUCUACUACUACAUGGGGCCCAAAUUCUAGGCCAUCAUCAGCUUCAGGAGUCUUGACUUCAAAUCAAUCAUCGCUAACUUCUUCGCGUCCACUCAGUGCAGAAACAAGACCAGGUAGCUCACAUUUAUCCCGUUUUGCUGAGCCUGUAUAUGAUAGUUCAGCAGCUUGGGGCCCUAACGGCACUGCAGAUAAGCUGUCAAUACCUUCCAAAGUCGAUGAUUUUUCUCUUAGUUCAGGGGACUUUCCAACACUGGGUUCAGAAAAAGAUAAUACGACAAAGAGCGGGGAAGCACAUGAUCAUGGUUCUCGUGUUCGUCCCGGAUCAGGCUCUGGCAGAAAUGCACCUGUGAACGACAGAAACGAGAUGACCCAAGCUGAUCACAAAAGUGGAACUGUUGAUACUUGGACACGAGAUGAUGGGGUUCGUCCUAAUGCUGACAGGUGGCAUGGAGACUCGCAUCAAUACGUCAAUCCUAAUGUACCCCCUCAACAUUAUGAUGCCUGGCGAGGACCACCGAUGAAUGCGCCACCUGGCGUUUGGUACAGGGGACCACCACCUGCGGGCCCACCUUAUCCACACGUUCCUCAUGGUGGGUUUCCUAUGGAACCGUAUCCUUACUAUCCCCCUCAGAUCCCCCCUCCGUUAGCAAAUUCACAAUCGGGCCCUCCGCAUGGGCCAGGCCCAAGAGGUCACCAUCCAAGAAACGGAGAUUUUUACAGGCCCCAAAUGCCUGAUGCUUUUAUCCGUCCAGGUAUGUCAAUUAGGCCCGGGUUUUACCCUGGUCCGGUUCCUUAUGAUGGUUAUUUUGGUCCUCCGAUGGGCUACAAUCCCAAUGACCGUGAUAUGUCAUUUAUGGGAAUGCCACCCGGACCACAUGGACCACCGCCUGUUUACAACAUGUAUCCACCUCAAAAUCCAUCAGAACUUAACGAUCCUCACUUUAGAGGUGGCGUGCGUGGACCGGUUCCGGUUGGAAAUAUGUAUGUUUCUGAACAGUUAGAUUCUCACCCCCCUGAGGAAUCAUCUCAUGGGCCCUACAAAGUUCUUAAAAAACGUGAAAAUGAAAGGAAUGCUGACGUGGAAGAAGACGGUUGGGAGCAGAGUGACCACCCGAGACCAUCGUUUCACAAGAAUGAACAGGGAACAGACACCAGAAGGAAUAAUGAAGAUACGUCUUCAAGAAGAAACAUGUCAUCACAGGACUCACACAAGUCUAAAGCAUCUACUGAAAGUUGGGGAAAUAAGCCAUCUUUUUCAGAAGACUCGAAAGAUUCAACCUUGAUUCAGAAGAUUGAAGAUUUGAAUGCAAAAGUAAGGGCUUCUGAUAUUCGAGGGGAUGGAGAGCAAACUAAUAAAUUACUAGUGAACCGAAAGGGCAACUCUACUAUUGCCUUCGGUAGCAUUCCAACCGCUGGAGAUCUUGCGCAUCCCUAUGACAAAUCUAGGCAAGCACACCAUGGAGUUCGAAAUCGAGCAGAUCAUCAUAUCAAAGGAAGAUUAAAUCAAGAUACAGGCGAAUCAUUGGCUCAAAUGAUUGACCCUGCUGAUGGUCAAGCACAGCGUGCUAGGAUGAGGGAGUUGGCAAAACAACGUGCGAUUGAGCUACAAAAGGAAGAGGAAGAAAGGAUAAGAGAGCAGAAAGCAAAAGCUCUUGCAAAACUGGAAGAGUUGAAUAGGCGUACACUUGCAGCAUCGGAUGGUACGAUCCAGACCGAAGGAAAAAACACGACUAGUGUUUCUGAGCAGGAAGAUGCAGAGGGAUCCCAAAAACCAACUGAACCAGCAGCUGCCCAGAUCAGUGAGAUUAGUCAACAAGAUCCUGUUGACCAGUCGACGCUUCCCAAACAAAGUGAUCCUGAAAGCAAAACUAAUCUUGGUAAUGAUGUUGGUGUUAACAGGCAGAAGCGUGCUAGCCAUAGGCAAAAGCAGAGUGUACAAGUGGUUGAGAGUUCAGUUGACAAGUCAAAUAAGAGUGGGACAGGUGAAGCUGUACAAAGUCAAGAGUCAACAAUGCCAAGCAACUCAAAUAUCAUGUCUGAAUCAACACAGCAGAAAAAGAAAAGUAACAAAAGUAGCAAAAAUAAGCACAGAGAAGUUGAUCCUGUUAAGCCAGAAUCUCCUCAACCUGAUUUAAAUCCAAAUCCAACUACCUCGUUGGUAACUGAUAGCAAGGAUGCAAAACAACCUAAUACGGACCAGAUUUCUUCUUUACCAAGUAACCAGCAUAAACCUCAGCACUCAAGAAGGAUGCCAAGAAAUCCACAAGCUAAUAAAUUUCAUGUUGGUGAAGUUGCCAUCUGGGCCCCUGUGCGGGCCCAGACCAAAGAAGAGACCAUGCAGGAUGAUGUGGCUUUGCCAGAAAAGACCGUUAACUCGGGCCAGACUAAUUUAAAAAGCAAAAGGGCAGAAAUGGAAAGGUAUGUUCCUAAACCGGUGGCUAAAGAGCUGGCUCAACAGGGAAGCGUAAUCCAAUCGACGACACCAUCUUCACCCAAGAAAACCGCAUUAGAAGAUACGACAGAUGUACACACUAUCCCUGUGGCUUCUAAUGUGGAGUCCAAAAGUGGUGAUAAUAAGCAGAUGAAACCUCAACGUGAUAAGGGUGUUCAACAGGAUUCGAAGAAAGUUUUUCACAAAUCUACAAGUCAACAUGAAGAAUCGAAUUCUGUUCCUACUGAAGUUACACCUGUUGUGCAUGAAUGGGACCCGUCUGAUGGCUGGUUUAUGCCUGAUGAAAUCCCACCAACUGAGAUUACACCUGUUGUGAAAGAUGUUGGAGUCACGGGUAAAGGUAAAAGACCGGCUUACAAAGGCCAAAGAAGCACGGUGAAAAAUCACACAGAAAGUGGUGUGGAAGUGGAGUUUGACCAAACAGACAGGCCUGCUUCUUCGAAAGAGAACCGUUCUUCUCACUGGCAACGAAAGCCUCAAGCGUAUAAAGGUCAAAAUCCGAACUCAGAGUUUAAAAGGGAAUCUAGAAGAUAUUCUCCGCAGGAUGAACCUGUGCAUGAUGAGCAUCAAGAGGGUAGGAGAGAGAGAAAGCCUGCUUCAUUUAGAGGCCCAACCCACACGGAAGAUGAAGCCCAAGCUCAGUUUGAGCAGCCGUCGCAGCAUCAUGUUUCUACAGGUUAUAGGAAGUAUGGAGGUCAAAACAACCGUUCGAGUGGUCAAGAUGACAAGCGGAAGCAUAACUAUCAGCAUAAUGCAAAUAUAAACAGGGAAAAGCCAAGGCAGAAUUUGCAUUACGAGUACCAGCCAGUUGGAUCAAACAACAAUAAUAGUAGUAAUAAAUCAAGUCAUCUUGAUGCACCUGCGGAUGCAGCUCCCAGGUACAAAGAAAGGGGUCCGAGUCAAUCCAGACGAGGCGGUGGUAACUAUUACGGGCGGCAAUAGUGGUUAUGAGAUGAUCAAAGAGAAUUCAGUUGAGCUUAUUUACUUUUUUUAUUAGUCAGGAAUUUGAUCCAUGGUGUCAGGUUUAUUGAGCAGGGAUGGAGAUUUAGGGCAAACGGUAGCAAGGAAAAAUGUUUUGGGAUGUUUCUUAUGCGAUUUAAGUUUAGAAAAAAGAUGCGAAUUUGUUCUGAAAGUUGUAAUACGUUGUGGAAUCUGUUGGGAAAUUGUUGGAAUGUGCUCGUUCUUGUUUGCCCUAACAAUUGGUUUAAGUGGAGAUUUAUUAACUCGUUUGUUUUAAAAAUUGGUUGUUGGGUA